AUGCUGUACGGUCAUCUGUUGUCGCUGGCUGUAUGCCUCGCGGCCCCUGCAGCUGCAGCUCCCUCCUGGGCCAACAGGUGUACCAUCGUCCCCUCAAAGGGCGACGCGUCGGACUCGCCUGCCAUUGCUGAGGCCUUCACCAAGUGCGCCAACAACUCCGAGAUCAUCUUCCCUGCCGGCGUCGAGUACAAGAUCUACGAACCCCUUGUCGCGAAGCUGAACAAUGUCAUCAUCAAGGUGCAGGGAAACCUGACCUUGCCUCAAGACAUUCCAGCCAUGCAGUCGCUUGUCGAGGCGAAGGGCGGCACCCUCACGUGGUUCCAAAUCGGCGGUACCAACGUGCAAUGGAUCGGCUCAUCUGAUCCUCAUGCCGGAUGGAUCAAGUCGCACGGACAGGCCUGGUGGGAUCUCAACCAGCCCGGUCAGGCGGGCACCCCCAACCGCCCUCAUCUCAUGCAGUUCAACGUCCAGAACGGCGUCAUGAAGCACAUGAAGUCCCUGAAGCCCAUCGGCUGGAACUUCUCCAUCAAGGGCAAGAACAUCACCAUCUCCGACACCGUCAUCGACGCCCGCUCCUCGAGCAGCGCGUUUCCCUUCAACACCGACGGCUUCGACGUCGGCGCCAAGGACGUGACCAUCACCAACAGCAACAUCUUCAACGGCGACGACGCCAUUGCGAUCAACGACGGCGCGAACAACGUUGUCUUCAAGCACGCGACCAUCGGCUUCGAGACGCACGGCAUGAGCGUUGGCUCCCUCGGAUCCAAGGUCGCGUCCGUUGCCGACGUGCAGAACAUCCGAUUCGAGGACGUCACCGUCAAGGGCGGAUUGUACGCUGCUCGCUUCAAGAGCUGGAUCGGGGGACAGGGUCUGGCCAAGAACAUCACCUGGAGCAACAUCCGUGUCGACAACGUGACUUUCCCUAUCUUUGUCACCCAGACAUACUUCAACCAGGCCAGUGCUGGCGGCGACAGACCCAACAACUCGUCUGUCAUGAUGGAGGACUUCACGUGGGAGCACUUCUCGGGCAAUAUUAACACAUAUAGCCCUGGUGAUGGAUCCUGCACUUCAGACCCUUGCUGGUACAAUGUUGGCCUCACCAACCUCACCCACACGGAAGCCGUCAUCAUUGAGUGCAACACCGAGAAGUCGUGCAAGAACUUCCAGACCAGAGACAUCAAGGUUCACCCGCAGAGCAAGAGCGAGUCCAAGCUAAUCUGCAUGAACGCGAUGCCUGAUCUGAACCCCCAGCUGGGUUUCGACUGCAAGAACGGCACGUUUGCUUCUACACUCUGA